UGACAUUCACCACAAAAACCCUAAACACUAGCACCCAAGAAAACAGUGUCACAUCACUUGCUUCUUGCUCUACUAAUUAGGAAUCUUACGAGGAUAGUCAGCCAGGAACAAUGGCGAAAUUCGUGAAGUCGUUUGUUCUCCUUGCUAUGCUCAUGUUAUCAGUUCUUGCAAUGGUUUCUGAAAGCCGAGUUGCAAGAAAGGACCUGGGCGUGGACUUAGGGGGUGGGGUUGGAGUUGGUGUCGGAGCGGGGGUCGGCAUUGGUUUAGGAGGUGGCAGCGGCGGCGGCGGGUCCGGAGCUGGGGCGGGUUCUGGGUCUGGCUCUGGUGGCGGUGCGAGUUCUAGUUCUAGUUCGAGCUCGAGUUCAAGUUCAAGUUCUGGUUCAUCAGGUGGUGGCCAUGCUGGCUCAGAAGCGGGGUCGUCUGCAGGGUCGUAUGCUGGAUCACGGGCAGGAUCGGGUUCAGGUGGUGCAGGGUCAGAAGCGGGCUCGUCUGCUGGCUCACGGGCCGGGUCUCGAGCUGGAUCAGGAGGCUACCAUGGGUGAAGGAAUUGUCAGUGAUUGGAUAAGGAAUUAAUGCAUGUGUGUGUACGUUAGUUAAUAUGUUUGAUGAAAAAUAAGAUUGAGAUGGAGUAUGUAUUUUAGGUCUAUAUGUGUAAUAUAUUAUUAGAUCAUGAAAUGAGAAAGAAUAAGUGCAUUGUGUGUGUUAUUUAAGGGUGAAAGAAAGCAGUAUUAGUAUAGUGGUCUGUGUGAUGUACUAUUUAUUAGGGUCUUAUGAUAAUAAUAUAUACUAUAUAUCAUGUCUGAUUUUCUUCAACAUUAA